AUGGCGGAAUGGAAUGUUAGCGCUGGAGAUGAACUAGAAAAAACUGCUGACAUGGCAUAUAAGUGCACUCAACAGAGGGCGGUAAUUCAUACAAUUGAGAAAAAGGGAGAGAAGGCGGUUGGUGAUUGCACAAGUCGAAGCCAUUGGGCUUGA